UUGUACCUCAACUAUAGGCAUAUGAUCUAUGGAUUUUAAAAUUCUUGCAGCAAUCACUGCAGAUAAAUUGUUCAACUACCAUAAUUUAGAUGGAUGGAAAAUUGCGAAAAAAAUAGAUAAUGCCACAAUAUAUUUCAAACAAUCCCUUGAUUAUGAUGGAAACAUAUACAAAUUGGAAUGCCAAUUGAAUGCACCACCAGAAAUUGUAUUUGAAUAUGUAUUUCCUCAAAAGCAUAAUGAUAUGUCUUUUCGACUCACUUGGGAUAAAAAUUUAGAAAUGUUAGAAAAAAUUGAAAUUAUAGAUAAAGAUACCUUUAUAACAAGAGCCUAUGUAAAGGGAGGUCUUAUGGGCUUAUUGUCUCCUAGAGAGUUUGUGGAUGUCACAAAAAUUACAAAAAGAGAUAAUGUCAUUUGCUUUACCUCACAUAGUGUGACUCAUGAUAAAUGUCCUUUACAAAAUUCAAAUUCCUACAUUAGGGGCUUUAAUUACCCUUGUGGCAUAUUUUGCUUUUCCAUUCCUAAUGAACCCAAUAAGACUAGAAUGGUGAAAUUCAUACAAGCUGAUUUGGGAGGUCGUUUACACAAUUCCAUAAUCCAUGCUGCCUUACCAUCUAACCUGGCUAAUUUUUACUCUAAUUUGAACAAGGCUCUGCUUCAAAGAUUUGUCAUGACUUAAUUCUCAAAAAUUUUCUCAAAUUCUACAUUAAUAAUAAAUAUACUAUAUAUAUAAAACCUUAUUUCUUUAAUGGUAUUUAAAUUUUAUCAAUAUACUUAUCUUAUAAAA